ACCUCAGCUUAUAUAAAUCCUUUACCGUAUCAUCCGUAUUAUCGAACAAGAGCGGUUUUGGAAUCAAAAGGGAUAGGCACAACUGAACAGAAAAUAUUAAAGAGAAGAGUACUGAAUUUAGAUCCCUCGUUGAA